UAUUAAUGGAAGACAGAUUAUCAAAAACACUUAGUUUUGCAUUAGAGAACCUUGAAGUAGUCCCAACUGAUAUUGAUGAAGAUGUCCAGAAGAUGACAAUCAACUGUAAAUUGUUAACUGAAAAUGGAUACAAGAAGCGUUUUUGCAUUAUUUCUAAUCAUUGGAUCGACUUCUACAAAAAUCGAGAAUCUAAGAAAGCGAAGUAUAGUAAGAAGAUGGAAGAUAUUGAUGCACUUUACAUCAACUCACUAGAGAACCAGAUAGUAUGAAGGACGAUGGAACCCCCUAAUAUUGUCGUGAAGACCAAACAUGCCAAAGAUGUCCUUAGGCUCCUCUAUGCGAUAAAUUUAAGAGACGGGUGACAGGUUUUUCAGAUACCUCAGGAAGACCUUGAUGAGUAUAUGGAAGACGAAGAUUACCCUGAUGAAGAAUAUCUUAUAUCAGAGAAGCAGGAAGAUGAUGAAGAUGAGUUUGAAGAUUUAGACGUUGAUUGCUCUUCAGAAGAUGGUGAAGCAGGAUUUGAGGAAAUGUCAAAUGCUAUUGCGUCAAUGGGUCGAAAAAUUUACUCAUCAGUAAGAAAGACUAAGCUUAGCUCUGUGGAGGAGAACCAUAAAAAUUUGAUACAUCUUGGAUCAGAAGACGAUGAAGAUGAUGGUGACGAUACUCCUCGUUCUAGACAUUCUCAAGAAUCCUCUAAAAGUGAUGAAGAAGAUGUUCCUUUACCAAAGCUAAAGAGUCAGUUUUCUCUAACACAUGACGGAUUAAAAGAAUUUAAGGUUUUGGGGAAUCUUGGAGAAGGAUCAUUCGCAAAAGUAGUUGUCGCUAUUGAUAAAGAAAAUAAUCUUUAUGCUAUGAAGAAGAUGAACAAAUCAUUUCUUGAGGAAACCAAAGUUGAUGAUAAUGUGAAGAACGAGCAUAAAAUCUUGAGAUAUGUCGAUAAUAGAUUCUUACUAAGCAUGAAGCAUUAUUUUGAAGAUGAUAAUAAAAUUUAUUUCUUUACAGAAUUCAUGGCAGGCAAAGAUCUCAAGUACCAGAUGGAAGUGCUAGACAGUGGCUUCACUCUUAAUGAGGUUAGAAUGAUCGGUGCUCAGAUGAUUCUUGCUUUAGAAUGUCUUCACAAAAAUGGAUACAUUCAUAGAGACAUAAAACCUGAGAAUAUCAUGAUUGAUGAAAGAGGCUAUAUCAAACUUGCAGAUUUCGGACUUGCUAACUGUCUUUCUAAUAAAAAGAAAACAGGACUGGCUGGAAAUAUCGAGUAUAUGGAUCCUUCAGUAAUCAAGCAGGAUAAAUACUGCAAUUUACCUUCUGUGGAUUGGUGGGCAUUUGGAAUUCUUUUGUACCAUCUGCAUUACAAAGAGACUCCAUUCUGAAACUAUGACAUUGUAGCAACAUUUAGAGAAGAGACAGAAAAACAGGUUAAAGAUUUUAUUUUAAAUCAAGAGUUACAAUUUCCCUCUAACGUUCAAUCAGGAAGAGAUAGAGAGUAUCGAGUUUUUAAGAAAUUAUUGCACAAGCUGUUAGUAAAAGAUCCCUCUCAAAGACUUCCAUGGUCAAAAAGCGGAAGAGGAGGCUCUAAGAUCAAGAAGCAUAAAUUUUUCGAAGGAAUAGAUUGGGAAGCUUUAGACCCAAAAAGAGGAGAACCAAAGCUAGAGAUGCCAUUCAUCCCACGAAUCAACUAUUCUAAGCUCAAGAAGUUGUAUAAAAAGGCUGGAGUUGAAUUUGAUAAAGGAAGAUUUAAAGAUUUCAGUUAAUUUAUUCAUAAUAUUCCAGAAGGUUUAA